CCACGCCCCCAACUCAACGGUUACACUCGCACACGAAAAUGUCUGAAAACACAUGCGCACUUUUAAGGACGCACAUCUUUAUAAAGCAUUAAUAUGCCGCAGGUGUAUUCUAAAUGCCCCUGGAGGAUAGUGGAUGACUGUGGAGGGGCUUUCACCAUGGGUGCAAUCGGUGGAGGAGUAUUCCAAGCAGUGAAGGGCUUUCGAAAUGCUCCGGCUGGUAUUGGACACAGACUCAGAGGAAGCGUAAAUGCUGUGAGAGUAAGAGCUCCUCAGAUUGGAGGUAGCUUUGCUGUCUGGGGAGGCCUUUUCUCCACAAUCGACUGUGGUUUAGUUCGCCUGAGAGGAAAGGAGGAUCCGUGGAAUUCCAUCACAAGUGGCGCCCUGACCGGCGCCAUCCUGGCAGCACGCAGCGGUCCGCUAACGAUGAUGGGAUCUGCAAUGAUGGGGGGAAUCCUGCUCGCGCUCAUUGAGGGCUUUGGUAUUCUCCUGACUAGAUACACAGCACAGCAGUUUCAAAACCCUUUGCCGUUUACGGAAGACCCCAGUCAGCUCCCUCCAAAGGACGGAGAGCAGCAGGAGCAGAAAACUAAGGGAUUGUUCCACUAGAUACCUUCUGCGGACACAGUGAGUCCUACCACAGGGUAAUGGAGCCACAUCACUGCUAAGAGGACUUUGAAAAGUAGAUGCACUUUGUUGAAAUACCUCAGGGUGAAAUGUUGUGAUUUAGUAUUUAAGAAUGAAUUUUGACAUGUAAGAAUCCUUCAGAUGAACAUUAUGUUGUCUUCUUGAGAACGUUUUGUUUGUUUUGUGUCAUUCCUGUAGUCUCUUCUCCUUAUGGAUUUAUUUAUGUGACAUAUAUUUAUGCUAGAAAUAUUACAUCUUUUUUGAAUUACUGAGCGUUCUCCAACUGAUUUCAUUACGAUCCAGUUUUUAGUACAUUUAUAGAGCUGACCUAUUACUAAGAAAUAUUUUACAGAUUAUCUGGAAAAAUAAAGUAGUAGCCUUUUUUUUAUUCAAGCAAAUACUGUGAAAGAUUUACAUUUACAACUUUCUGGCAUUUCACUAAGAAGCUUGUUCAAUAAUAUUCAAACAAACUUCACAGGAAAUUGGUUUGGAAAAUGCCAAAACAUUCUGCUGAGCGUUUUAUUUCUGCAGCUCAUGUUUCCAAAGGUCUGUGCUAAAUCUGGAGCGAGCAAUCAGUGAGCUCCUCACACGAACUGCUCACGCUUUAAACCGGAUCCGUUAACAUUUACAUUAAUGAGCUGAUGUUAAUGGAGAAAAGUAUUCAUACCUUUUUUCUACAUUUUGUCAUGUUACAAACUUUAAUGCUAUUCUUUUUUAAAAGUAGGCUGAAACAAUCUUGCAUCACAUCAAACCAACACUUCUUUACUUCAGCAUUAAGGCCACAAUAAGAAAAUAUAAAAACUAAAAUUACGAGAAUAAAGUAAUAUUAUGAGGACGAUGUUGGUAUUACGCAAAUAAAGUCUCAUAGUAUUAUUUUAUUAUUUUACUUUAUCUUCAUAAUAUUUUGAAAUUAUUCUCAGAAUGUUAAUCUAUUCUUGCAAUAUUGUGACUUUAUUGUCAUAGUAGUAUAACUUUAUUCUCAUAAUUAAAUUUUUCCAUUUUAAAUUUUUCCUCACUAAGGCCCAGAUAUUUUCUCGUACCUCUUAGAUAAUUUUUUUACUUACAAAGAAAAAGAUAAAGGCAUUUUUCCUUUUCCUUCUACUUCACAUAUAUUCACUGGUAUAUGUUUGACUAUCACUUAAAAUCCUCAUAAAUUAGGUUUGUAACAAAACAAAAAAGGAAAAGGUCAAAAGGGUAUAGAUACUUUAACGUUACGCUGCAUGUGAGGGAUUUAAAACAAAUCAAGUAAUCAAAUUUAUGAACUGAUUUAAGCACCAAAUUUAGUGUUUUGUGACUUCACAGGUUUUUGUUUUGUUUUCUGUAUAUAAAUGUCAGCUGUCAAUGCUAAUGAACGCCUGUGUUUAAUUAUGCCAGCAUCAUUUCACUCUGCGCAGUGAAACAUCUUAUUGCAAUAUGGAAAAAUCAAUAUUGGUGUUUCUUAAAGCAGGUUAGUUAAACGGCCGUUUUAUCCGUCAACCAACCCAGUGAUUUUAUCUAACAAGGGCCAAAACAAUGAAAUGUUUCACAUGUAAACUCUGUAUAGAAAGAUUGUUUAUUUUAUCAGAAUAUAUUUAUUGUGUAAAAAUUCAAUAAAGA